UUUUUUUUUUCCAUCUCAUUCCUCAUUUCGACACGUUCUCUUGGCAUGCUCAGACUCAUUCAUCCUCAAGGACGACCUUUGCGUAUUUUCUCAAGGGCCGCAACCCCUAUGCGCCAACAGUUACCAUUCUUUGACCACAGGAGGUUGCCUACUGCAAUUAGGACAUCCGCCACGUCCAAACCAAGACAGCCAACGGCUUCCUUCUCAACAACAUCUACUAAGCUGUCUUCACCGGCGACGUUAUCAUCACCUUCUCCUCCACAACCCAAGCCAAAACGCUCACGGCUGUAUCGCGCUGGCCGUGCAUUGCUCAUCACGGUUGUAGGGAUUCCCGUAGCCGGCACGUUGGCAUCGUACGCAUACGAUGAGCUGUUUAUGAUUAAGGGCGAUGACUUGCACCAAAAGCGCCCUCGUUACGUCAUUGGUGGGCCAAAGAAUCUAGUCAUGACCCACGGCUGCCGUGGCAGCAUCCUGAAAGCUGAAGAGAUCCAUGAGAAUGAUCCACGCCAGAGGCUGGUCAUUCUUGGAAGUGGGUGGGGCGCUGUCUCAGUCAUCAAACAAUUGGAUCCCAAAAAAUUUCAUGUCACAGUCAUUUCACCAACAAACUAUUUUCUCUUUACUCCUUUGUUACCGAGCGCAACUGUUGGUACACUGGAGCUUAGGUCUCUGAUCGAGCCUGUUAGGAGACUCCUGUCGCGACUCGGGGGUUACUACCUCGAAGGACGCGCAGAAGAUGUCGACUUUGAAAACCAGCUGGUAGAGGUUUCAGGAGUCAAUGAUAGCGAAGGGCGCAGAUUCUAUGUUCCUUAUGACAAAUUGGUCAUUGCCGUAGGCUCAGAGUCCAUGACGCAUGGUGUAGAAGGACUGGAGCACUGUAACUUCCUCAAAUCAAUCACGGAUGCGCGUGAUAUCAGGAGGAAAGUCAUGGAGAACUUUGAGAAAGCUAGCCUGCCAACGACGUCGGAUGAGGAACGGCGUCAGUUGCUUAGCUUUGUCAUUUGCGGAGGUGGCCCUACUGGAGUUGAGUUUGCGGCCGAACUAUAUGAUUACUUACAGGAGGAUCUUGUUGGAUACUUUCCAGCUAUCCCUCCUGAAGAGGUCCAGGUCAACAUCAUUCAAAGCGCUGGACAUAUCUUGAAUACUUAUGACUUGAAGAUCAGUGAAAUGACAGAAGCGAAAUUCAAGCGCGAGAAUAUCAACGUUGUUACCAAUGCUCGCGUUGUCAAGGUCAACCCCACAUCCGUCCGGUAUAAAGAAAAAGCCACUGGAAAAGAGUUCGAGGUUCCAUUUGGAGUCUGCUUGUGGUCGACUGGUGUAGGCAUGACACCACUAAUCAAAGGACUUGUGACGAAACUCCCAGACGGCACGCAAAAGAACAAGCAUGCGAUCGAAACUGAUGGCUACAUGCGCGUCAUCGGAACGCCAGAGGAAACAGUUUAUGCUAUUGGUGACUGCGCAACUAUUCCUCAACCUCACUUUGUCGAGAAGGUGAUGCAGAUCCUCCGUGAAAACGACAAGAAUGGAGACAAUGUUUUAAGCUACGAAGAGUUCCAGGACCUAGCCGACAAAAUUAUUGCUAAACAUCAGAUUCUCAAAGUUUUCCUAGGACAAUUGGAUGAGGUCUUUAAAAAAUACGAUAAAGAUCAGAGUGGCACACUAGAUUUGGACGAGAUCCGAGCAUUCCUCGUUGAUGCAGAAAAGCAAUGUACUGCUUUACCAGCUACCGCUCAGGUUGCCAAUCAACAAGGCAAGUUCGUCGGCGAGAGAAUCAAUACACUUCAUUCAAUUGAGAAUGAUCAUGUUGCUGUAGCAAACCUGCCGCACUUCGUCUACAAGCAUCGUGGGUCGCUCGCGUACAUCGGAGGCAACGAUGCCGUACUGGAUUGGGGCAGAGGGUAUGUGUAUAGUGGUAUUGGGUCCGAAUACCUCUGGCGUUCUGUCUAUUUUAGCGAGCAAGUGUCAACUAGAACACGUCUGCUCCUCUUGCUAGAUUGGUCAAAGCAAGCCCUCUUUGGACGUGACAUUAGCAAAUUCUAGAGGAAAAGAGGCCUAAACGAUAUGUAAUAAAUAUAAAAUUAAUAAAAACAUACAGUCGUG